UGUGUAAAUUGUGAUGGUGUGUGAAUGUAAGAACUAAAUCGGCAGUAGAGUAUAUAUAUAUUUUUUUUGUGUGUCACACAUUAGAAUUGACUUGGUCAUGGGCACAGUACGGCUCCAAUUUUGUUACUUAGAACCUAUUUUUUUGUUAGCUGAAUAAGAAGAAUCGAAACGUGAUAUAAAUUAAAAAAGAAGCAAAAUAAAUCCUCUUCGUUCCCGCAUCUAUAACUUCGUAAUACGACGCCAGUAAUAACUACUUAGAUUUGCAAUAUGAAUUCACUAUUGAUAUCAACGGGUUGCCGGCAAUUGAUUACAAAAUUUAGCCGCUUCAAUGUCAAUAAAGCGAACAACGACGGUUUACAUCACAUGUACCGAUCAUUGAAUAAUAAACAUUCGCACAUCAUUCGUCAGUAUUCGAGUACAGUGAAUCAUCGAUCGUUGGUCACUCCUCUAGUAUUGCCACCAUCUUCCGUAGUGAAUAAUAAAUUAUGGCAUCACAGAGAUUUGCAAUCUACAUACACGAUACGCGCAUUUUCGUUGAGUUCAACGCUCAGGGAAUCACAGGCAUCGUCAAAGGUCGAAGAAACGGUACGAAAGCUACAGGAAAAAGAGCGCGAAGAUAAAGAGCAGAAAAGUAAAGAGGCAGCUGCAACAUCCACACAAAUUGAGGUCGGUGAAGCGACCACUUCGGCAGCAAGCACGGCCGCUGCCACCGUAACGGCCACAGCGGUUGCACCAAAAGUCGUAAAGAAAAGUCUCAAACAACGUAUAUGGGACGAAUUGGUUCAUUAUUAUCAUGGAUUUCGAUUGUUAUUCAUUGACAUGAAUGUUGCACGAAAAUUGGUCGGUAAAUUGUUGCACGGUGAAUCAUUAACACGUCGUGAAUAUCGACUGUUGAUUCGAACCACCGGCGAUAUGUUUCGUUUGGUGCCAUUUUCUGUGUUCAUCAUAGUUCCAUUUAUGGAAUUUUUACUGCCAGUUUUUAUAAAAUUUUUCCCGGGCAUGUUGCCAUCAACAUUCGAAACGGCCAGCGAACGUGAGCUUAAGGCACGCAAUCAACUCAAAGUUAAACUUGAAAUGGCAAAAUUCUUGCAAAAAACACUCGACGAAAUGGAUGUACAACACAAAGAACAUCAAUCGGAAGAGGCAAAAGAUUUUGUGCUAUUCUUUAACAAAGUUCGGUCAUCGGGUGCGGCAGCCACAUCGGAAGAGAUCAUCAAAUUCUCAAAACUGUUCGAAGAUGAAAUUACAUUGGACUCAUUGUCGCGACAACAAUUGACCGCCAUUUGUAAAGUAUUAGAAGUGGGAUCGCUCGGCACGAGCAAUUUUCUUCGGUUUCAACUUCGCAUGAAAUUACGGUCAUUGGCUGCCGAUGAUCGGAUGAUUCAACGGGAAAGCAUUGAUUCAUUGACAACACAGGAAUUACAGGCCGCUUGCCGUGCAAGAGGCAUGCGAGCAUAUGGUAUUUCCGAAGAACAAUUAAAAUUACAACUGGGGGAAUGGAUUAAUUUGAGCUUAAAUGAAAAAGUGCCUCCAUCAUUGUUGCUAUUGAGUCGAGCAAUGAUGUUACCCGAAGACAUUCCGACGGCAGAAAAACUCAAAGCAUCCAUCUCAUCGUUGCCGGAUGCAGCCGCAAUUCAAACACGGGCGGCAAUCGGUGAACGUGAAGGUAAAAUCGAUAAUAAGACACAAAUCGAAAUCAUUCGCGAUGAACAACGUAAAAUCAAAGAAGAAUUGGAAGAAGCUAAAGAAGUGGCGGCCAGCACCGAAAAGGAUAAAGAUGUUUUGCUUGACACUGCCAAAGUUAUUACCGAUGACAUUACCAACAAAGACAUCGAUCUGGUGUCGGACGCUUUGGACGCCGUUUCGGAUAGCAAAAAUAUGAUCAUCGAAAAGGAAGAAAUUAAAGAGCUCAAAGAAGAAAUUGCCGAAUACAAAGAAGAUGUUGAACAACUUAAAGAAAUUGCCGAAAAAUCGGACGUUAAAAUUAAUGUACGCGAAUCGGCGGCAGCCAAGAGAUUACUCAAGAAGGUUGAUGCUAUGAUUAGCAAACUUGACAAAGUGAUGCACAAUUUGGAGAAAGAAAAGAUUCAGGCGGUUAAUGUUGAAGACAAAGCCGGAGAUGAACUUGUUCGCAUCGAUGAAGUUAUGAAGGCUGUGCAAAAGAUGCAAAAAGUCACAGAUCAUUCGAAAAUGGAUCAAAUAUCGACAUUCUUGGAGAGAAUCGACGAUGAUCGUGAUGGUCAAUUGAAAGUGGAUGACGUUUUAAAGAUAUUCGAAACGAUUGGAACAGAAAACAUAAAAUUGAAUUCGAAGCAAAUCGAUGAAUUAUUAGAUUUAAUAACCAAGGAGGAAUACCUGGAGAACGAGGAAAAGAUACAAAAAGCAUUGGAAAAGAGCAAAGAGGAGCGUGAACAACGGCAGUCACAAAAUAAAUCCACAUACUCGACACAUGAUGAUGAACAUCUGAAUAAACUCGACGAUGAAAAGCAUAUUUUAGACGCCGAAAAAACGCCUACCUUCGAGUCAACCAGCGAUGAAAGUCUGCAGAAAAAAUUAAGUAAUUUGGAUUUAAGUGACCAAUCGACAAAAAGUCCCAAAAAACCUAGCUUGUAAUUUUUUUUUUCGUUUAUCAUUAUAAAUUGAUGUAAAACAUUUUGUUAGGUAAUUUAAUUGAAACGAAUUAUGAUGAAACUGAAUUAAUUGUUCCAAUUUUUACAUUGUAAAUACGUUUGACGGGGAUAAUUCCCGUCUUUAAAAUUUUCAAUUGUACAAAUUAAUUGACAUGAAAAGCGCUUAUAUAAUAAACACAAAUAAGCAUCAUUUCAAACGAAAAUUGGUUUGUGAACUUUUUUUUAUGCUUUCUAGUAGUUUAUUGUUUGUUCAAAAUGGAAGAAGAAGAUAACAAAAUAAAGACAAUAAAUUAUCCUGUAGGAAGAAUUGACGUGAA